CCAACGGAACCAGAAGACGCCGAGCCACAGUCGCUCCGCCUCUCCCUCCCUCUCACCCAUUUGUCUUCUUCCCCCUUAAACGCAAGAUGGCGCAGCAAUUCGUCCAGGCUAAAAUCAAAGGAGACAAAGUGGUCUUGUUCAUUAAGCCCACAUGCUCGUACUGUGUCACGGCCAAGGACGUGUUGUCUACGUACAAGUUCAAGCCGGGCCAUCUGGAGUGUGUCGACAUCAGCGCUCGGCCAGACAUGGGCAGCAUGCAGGACUACUUCAUGGAGCUCACCGGCGCCCGCACCGUCCCACGGGUGUUCAUUGGGGAGGAGUGUGUCGGCGGUGGCAGUGACGUGGCCGCGCUGCAUAAAAGUGGCAAACUGGAGGGAAUGCUGCAGUCCAUUGGGGCUCUCCAGUGACCCAUGCUAAACUAUCAGGUGACGUCACAUGACCACGCAGCGAGAUUUGCGUAGUUUGCGUCGUCGCUGCUGGUACUCGCUGAGCUCCUGCAGAUAACCUCUGGACGGCCAGCGCAGCCUCUCCACCUGCUCACGCUCCUCUUCUGGAACACACACACACACAUACACGACUAUAUACAAUCUCACAUCCAUGUUGCUGUAUCACAACUUCUUUAGUCUCUCUCUUGACCUUUGACUUUCUCUUGUGCCCGUCCAACUAAAAAUAAGCCUUGUGUGUAUAAGGAAUGAUAAUAAAAUAUAACGCUGGGACCACA